AUGGACCUCCGCUCCACUUUCCUUACCGGCUCCGCCCACAAGGCCGCGCCUCCCUGCCCUCGCUUCCGCCCUAUCUCUUCCACUUCCGCUCUUAAACUCCCCGCCGCUACCUUCUUCAACUGCCCCGCAAGAAAAAGCUUCAGAGUUUCAUCCAAACUGCGGGCUGUUGCGGUGGAAACAGUGGAGACUGAGGCCAAAGAGGACAUAGAGAGUCUCUUCUCGAGUAACGCCGGCGAUGAAGCCGAUGGCCGGCGCUGGAACAAGCAAUCGGCCGCUGGUGCGUCGGGCAUUUCGUCCGGGAUUAAGCUGGAGAACAUCAGCAAAGGCUAUAAGGGGGUUACGUUGUUGAAAGAUGUUAGUUGGGAGGUUAAGAAGGGCGAGAAAGUCGGGCUGGUGGGUGUAAACGGGGCGGGGAAAACGACGCAGUUGAGGAUUAUCGCGGGUUUGGAAGAACCCGAUUCGGGAAACGUGAUCAAGGCCAAACCAAAUAUGAAAAUUGCCUUCCUCAACCAAGAAUUCGAGGUGGAGGCUUCGAGAACGGUAAAGGAAGAGUUUUUGAGCGCCUUUAAGGAGGAAAUGGAGGUGGCCUCACGCCUGGAGAAGGUCCAGAAGGCGAUAGAGAAAUCCGUGGAUGACUUGGAGCUGAUGGGAAGGCUUUUGGAUGAGUUUGAUUUGCUGCAGAGGAGGGCACAGGCAGUAGACUUGGAUGAAGUAGAUGUGAAGAUUAAUAAGAUGAUGCCUGAGCUAGGAUUCGCCCCUGAGGAUGCUGAUAGACUCGUAGCAUCUUUCAGUAGUGGGUGGCAAAUGAGGAUGUCACUUGGCAAGAUUUUGCUACAGGACCCGGAUUUAUUACUUUUGGAUGAACCCACAAAUCAUCUUGACCUUGACACAAUUGAGUGGCUUGAGGGUUAUCUUAGUGAGCAAGAUGUUCCAAUGGUUAUCAUAUCGCAUGACCGGGCAUUCCUUGAUCAGUUGUGUACAAAAAUUGUGGAAACUGAUAGGGGUGUUUCCCGGACAUAUGAAGGAAACUAUUCCAAUUAUAUUAUUGAAAGGGCAGCAUGGGUUGAAGCUCAGUUUGCAGCCUGGGAAAAACAACAGAAGGAAAUAGAACAUACAAAAGAUUUGAUAAGCAGGUUGAGUGCAGGGGCAAAUUCAGGUCGUGCAUCUACUGCUGAAAAGAAGCUGGAAAAACUUCAGGAAGAGGAACAAGUUGAUAAGCCUUUUAUUCGGAAACAAAUGAAGAUAAGGUUCCCUGAGCGUGGAAGAAGCGGAAGAGAAGUUGUGACAAUUAAAAAUCUGGACUUUGCCUAUGAGGAUAAGGUUCUUUUCAAGAAUGCAUACUUAACUAUAGAAAGAGGAGAAAAAAUUGCCAUUAUUGGUCCAAAUGGCUGUGGAAAGAGUACUUUACUUAAGCUGAUUAUGGGUUUAGAGAGCCCAACCAAAGGUGAAAUUUUGCUCGGGGAUCAUAAUGUGUUACCAAACUACUUUGAACAGAACCAGGCUGAAGCACUUGAUUUGGAUAAGACAGUAAUUGAAACUGUAGCUGAAGCUGCUGAGGACUGGAGACUAGACGAUAUAAAAGGACUUCUUGGACGUUGUAACUUUAAAGCUGACAUGCUUGAUAGGAAGGUUUCAUUUUUGAGUGGAGGCGAGAAGGCACGACUUGCAUUUUGCAAAUUCAUGGUGACACCUUCAACUUUACUAGUACUAGAUGAGCCAACCAAUCAUUUAGAUAUACCAUCAAAAGAGAUGCUUGAGGAGGCAAUAACAGAGUACAAGGGCACUGUGAUUACUGUGUCACAUGAUCGAUACUUCAUCAAACAAAUUGUUAACAGAGUAUUGGAAGUUAAAGAUGGUACUUUACAGGACUAUGCUGGGGAUUAUGAAUAUUAUUUAGAGAAAAACGUGGAGGCUAGGGAAAAAGAAUUAGAGAGGGAGGCAGAGCUGGAGGAGAAGUCCCCCAAAGCUAAAUCCAAGGCCAAAAUGUCAAAGGCUGAGAGGGAAGCUCAGAAAAAGCAGAAACAGCAGGCCUUUCAAGCAGCCAAACAGAAGUCCAAAAAACUCAAGAACUCCAAGAGAUGGAACUGAAUUAUUAUUACAGUUCCAUUUAUUAGUUCUGCUAUUAAUAAUUUAUUAGUUGAAUCACCCCACCCAUAUUGUAAUCCUGCUGUAUAUAUUACUACAAAAACAUCAAAAUGAACCCAAAAAAAAGAAGUGGAUUUUAACAAUA